CGAUUGACCACUGCGACUCGGAGACGACGGUGCAUACGGAGUAGCGGGCAUUGGGUCGGCGCACUUUCACCAACCACCACCACCACCACAUAUACCACAACCGUCCGCCAUGGCCUCACCAGCCGCCCUCCGGCCCUCCAUGGGCGCCAUUAUGCAGACCUGCCGCUCGGCCGCAACAGCACCCAAGGUCGCCGUCGCCGUCCCGGUCAGGGCACUUUCGACCUCGGCUGCCCUCCUCAAGCGCCACAAAUACCCGACCGCCCGCGUGACCCGCGAUAACUCCAAGCAGCGUGGCGAGUCUGCGCUGCGCAAGUCCGGCACGCGCUGGAAGCUCUCCGUCUCCGACGAACCCCUUCCCGAGCCCGUCCCGCGCGAGGAGCUGCCCCCGAUCCAAGUCGACGAGAACCACGGCCUCUGGGACUUCUUUUACGACCGCGAGACCGUCGCCAUGGCCCCCCUCGAGCACACCAAGCACGGCCGCGCCUGGACCGUUUCCGAGCUGCGCAAGAAGUCGUGGGACGACCUGCACCGGCUAUGGUGGGUCUGCGUCAAGGAGCGCAACCGCAUUGCGACGGCGAACUGGGAGCGCACAAAGAGCGAGUUGGGUUUCGGUCUUGCUGAGGCCAAUGAGCGUGACCGCAAUGUCAAGCAAACGAUGCGCGGAAUCAAGCAUGUGCUCACCGAGCGCUUCUAUGCUUGGGAGGAUGCGGUCAAGUUGGCCGAGCAGGACCCGGAAAUCGACCUGUCCAACCCCGAGAACCCCUACACGCCUAGCACAUUCCUCGAGGCGGAAGAGACGGCGGAGGGCGCCGAGGCCAGCGAGGCGCAAUCCACCACAGAAAUCGACCCAACAACGAUACCAUCAUCCAAGUCCCAAGCCGAAGCCCCCAGGGUAUGAAGAGAGGGAAGCGGUCCCAAAUGAACCAGACGGGCGAACGGUCGUGAAGGUACCCUUGCGGUAAGAGGACGAGGGGGGAAAACAGUCACAAUACCCGUUUUCUAAAAACAAACCACCACACAUUUGCAACCUGUAUCGAUAGUGUAACGAGCAUCAUAUGUGUUCACUGUACAACAGCCAAAUUCAACCCGG